UUCCCGCCAGCAUUCUGGGCGCCAGUCCCGGGGGCACUGACUGUUGUGACCGGUGUAGAAGCGGGAGCUGCCUUUGCCUGUGGAGCAGCGGGGACGGUGCCAGCCCCGCUUCCCUUCCCUCAACCCUUCCUCCCAUCGCCCCAGUCAUGGGGAACGCGGCGACCGCCAAGAAAGGCAGCGAGGUGGAGAGCGUGAAAGAGUUUCUAGCCAAAGCCAAAGAAGACUUUUUAAAAAAAUGGGAAAAUCCUGCUCCGAAUAAUGCUGGGCUGGAAGAUUUUGAAAGGAAAAAAACCCUUGGAACAGGUUCAUUUGGAAGAGUCAUGUUGGUGAAACACAAAGCCACUGAACAGUAUUAUGCCAUGAAGAUCUUAGAUAAGCAGAAGGUUGUUAAACUGAAGCAAAUAGAGCAUACUUUGAAUGAGAAAAGAAUAUUACAGGCAGUGAAUUUUCCUUUUCUUGUUCGACUGGAAUAUGCUUUUAAGGAUAAUUCUAAUUUAUACAUGGUUAUGGAAUAUGUUCCUGGUGGUGAAAUGUUUUCACAUCUAAGAAGAAUUGGAAGGUUCAGUGAACCCCAUGCACGGUUCUAUGCAGCUCAGAUAGUGCUAACAUUCGAGUACCUCCAUUCACUAGACCUCAUCUACAGAGAUCUAAAACCUGAAAAUCUCUUAAUUGACCACCAAGGUUAUAUCCAGGUCACAGACUUUGGGUUUGCCAAAAGAGUUAAAGGCAGAACUUGGACAUUAUGUGGCACUCCAGAAUAUUUGGCUCCAGAAAUAAUUCUCAGCAAGGGCUACAAUAAGGCAGUGGAUUGGUGGGCAUUAGGAGUGUUAAUCUAUGAAAUGGCGGCUGGCUACCCCCCAUUCUUUGCAGACCAACCAAUUCAAAUUUAUGAAAAAAUUGUUUCUGGAAAGGUUCGAUUCCCUUCUCACUUCAGUUCAGAUCUCAAGGACCUUCUAAGGAACCUGCUGCAGGUAGACUUAACAAAGCGGUUUGGAAAUCUAAAGAAUGGUGUGAGUGAUAUAAAAACUCACAAGUGGUUUGCUACAACAGAUUGGAUUGCUAUUUACCAGAGAAAGGUUGAAGCUCCAUUCAUACCAAAGUUCAGAGGCUCUGGAGAUACCAGCAACUUUGAUGACUAUGAAGAAGAAGAUAUCCGUGUCUCUAUAACAGAAAAAUGUGGGAAAGAAUUUUGUGAAUUUUAGAGCAACAAGAUGACAUCGGAGCUCACACUCAGUCUUUGCACUCUGUUAAGAGAUGAGGUAGAGCUGAGACCGUCCUUAAAGCAGUUACCGAGUUCCUUCAUUCCAGCGACUGAGUGAGGUCUCUGUUCCCGUCAUCCGUGUGUGCACUCUGCAUCCCCCUCUGUAACGAGGCACCGCUGAGCAAGCAUUGUCUGUGCCGCAACACAGAACUAGACCCUCUCCCGCUUCCCUUUGGUUCGUCAUUCUUCUCUUCU